UGGAGGAGGCGGAAUGGCGCUGGAGACCGUACCCAAGGACCUGCGGCACCUCCGCGCCUGCCUGCUCUGCUCCCUCGUCAAGACCAUCGACCAGUUCGAGUAUGACGGCUGUGACAACUGCGAUGCCUACCUGCAGAUGAAGGGCAACCGGGAGAUGGUCUAUGACUGCACCAGCUCCUCCUUCGAUGGGAUCAUGGCCAUGAUGAGCCCUGAGGACAGCUGGGUCUCCAAGUGGCAGCGAAUCAGUAACUUCAAGCCAGGUGUCUAUGCAGUGUCCGUGACUGGCCGCCUGCCCCAAGGCAUCGUGCGAGAGCUGAAGAGCCGAGGGGUGGCCUACAAGUCCCGAGACACAGCCAUAAAGACCUGAGGGGCUGGGAGAGGCACAGCUCCAAAACCUCUCAGCUUUAGCAGUGGGGAGAGUGAGCCUGGACUGGGAGGGAGCUUGCUGCCUCCUCUCGAUCCAUACCUUUGGACUCUGCCCACAUGGACACUUUUCUGAGCCUUGCCAAGGGGAAGAGGGUGUAAGUGGGUCCGGAGAGGGUGGCACACAGGGGUUGGUGUGGAACAGAGGUGAGCUGGGCUCUAGCUGUGUAAAUAUCUCAGUAAACACCCUGCCUGCU